GCUAUGCAUGCGCAUAUGCUCCAUUAACUUACGCGAAAGUCGGAGAAGGAGCCGGAGGUGUGCCGAAAUGCAAAGGUCUGGCCUUAUUUUUCGGGCCUGUUUCAGAGCCCAGACUCUGUGCAGGGCGCCAAAAAUCAGUUCAGGGAGAGUUUUCUUUGCCAGGGCCAUACACACAUGCAGAGCAGCAUCAAGAUGGACUGGGAGAUCUUCCUCGUCAGCUUUCACGGGUCAGACUUGGUUAAGAAGGACGCCAGUCAGGCCAUUUUCUUCAGAAGAUUUGCCACAGCAUUAUAAAAUAACUCUUCCAGCCCUGUCGCCCACGAUGGAAACAGGUACAUUGGUCCGAUGGGAAAAGCAGCCUGGAGAUUCCCUGAGUGAAGGGGACCUACUGUGCGAGAUUGAGACUGACAAAGCCACCAUGGGUUUCGAGACCCCCGAGGAGGGCUACCUAGCACGGACCUUCGUGGAGGCAGGGGCCAAAGAUGUCCCCGUAGGAACGUUGCUGUGUAUUAUUGUUGAGAACGAAUCUGACAUUCCCGCCUUCAAAGAUUUUGAAGACAGUGGAGAGAUCAUCGGCUCAACUGCUGAAGAAGAGAAGCCUGCGCCGCCUCCACCUCCCCCCAAACCUGCUCCAGCCACGCCUCCUCCCCCAUCACCACCAUCCCCUCCACCAGCUGCCAAACCCGUGCCACCACCCGUCCCACCGAUGCCGAGCCCGGCCCCCGGCCAGCGGGUCUUCGCCAGCCCGUUGGCUAAGAGGUUGGCAGCUGAGAGGGGAAUAAACCUCAUGGAUGUGACUGGGACUGGACCAGGAGGCCGCGUCAGGAGAACAGACAUCGAGUCCUACACACCAUCAGCUGUGGCUGCUCCCACACUAGCUGCUAUGCCUGGGGCUGUGUACACAGACGUGCCCGUGGGCGAACUCAGACAGUUUAUUGCCAACAGGGUGACCCAGUCCAAGCAGAUGAUACCCCACUAUUUCUUGACGGUAGAAAUAAACAUCGAAGAACUUCUCAGGUUAAAGGAUGAUCUGAACCAGACCGUCGCAGCUGACGGCGUAGAGCUCACUGUGAACGACUUUGUGGUCAAGGCAACAGCUCUGGCUAGCCUGAAAGUCCCCGAGGCCAACUCGUCAUGGAUGGAAGACAGAAUCAGACAGUACCAUCAUGUGGAUGUCAAUGUCACUGUCCAAACAGACAAUGGAAUGAUGACACCGGUCAUCUUCAACGUCGACGGAAAGGGUAUUGGUGCCAUCAACAGAGAAGCGAGAGAGUUGGCAUCACGAGCCGUGGAAGGAACAUUGCAACCCCAGGAAUAUCAAGCUGGUACCAUCACAGUAUCCGAUCUCAGCAGCUUUGGCAUCAAGCAUUUUGCCACCAUUAUCAACCCCACCCAGUCCUGUGCAGUGGCAGUGGGCGCCCUGCAGAAUGUCAUGGUACCAGACGAGGACGCAGAAGAGGGGUACAGAGCGACAACCACCAUCAACGUCACCCUGAGCUGCGAUCACAGGGUGGUGGAUGGAGCAGUCGGGGCCCAGUGGCUGCAGAAAUUCAAGACGUUUUUAGAAAAACCACACACGAUGCUUCUCUGAGAUAGCGGUAUAUUAAAAUAUAACAAUUGGGAUUUUAGACAGUAUUUGAAUAGAGUUUUCCAUCAAGAAUAAAAAUAUCAUCAUAUCCUCCGGUGUGGAGUUGAUUUAUAUGAAAAGAAGUGAGAUUUAAAAAGAAAUCUCAGGCUUAUUGACAUGAUGUCUGAGCUGGCGAGGGUGUUGUGCACCUUUCCCACAGUCGCCAUGAGAGGGCGCUUGCCCUUUUUUUUACACCAGUGACAUUUGGAGCCUGGGUGUGAAAAGGGCAUUGCAUCUGCUCAAGCAAAUUUUGUUCAGCUGCCAAACUGGAAAUAUUGUUUAGCAAAUUUUGUGUCCCAAAAAGCUGAGAACCAGUCAUGGCAUCGUACAUAGUAUGGUAUUUGGUUGGUAACCUGUUAUUUUACCAUAAGCAAGCAUUUCCUGUGCUAAGCAGAUUUUUCUGUUCCUGUUCCUCACUCCAAAAUGUGACAAUAAGUCUUAGAUUGCAAAGAUGGAAUUGUGAUUGUUUGUGAAAUGCAUGAAGUAAUAAUUUGUGUUUACUGAUUAUAGGAUACAUUUUUGAAAGGAAAUAUUUAUUACUUUGAUGGACUACAGUGGAGGCUGUAAUUUUUCUGGUUUUUCUGGUAACAAGCUGCAUUCAAACAGUACAAAAUGUUGAAUUUUUAAACAAAUUUUGGCUUGACCCAACGUCUGACGUAGUGAUUCUGUGAUUGAGUAAAGCAAUUUGUAAUUUUGCACACUGCCGGAUGCAUUGUUUAAAAAACACUGAGUUUCAUCAAGAUUACUGUUUUUGAGUCAAUUCCAAACUUGAUUAAAAAAUGAGGAACGUAAUAAUUCAUUACUUGAAUCUUCACAAGAAUAUGUGGAUUAAAUCAGGGCUUUCUUGCCUGCUCAACUUCACUGUUAAAAAAACCCCCAAAAUCUGAAGGAGUCUCCAGUCUUUCCCAUUCUGAGGAGCCAACUUCUGAAUAAAGUUAUUUGUGCCAAAAGGUCAAGGGUCAUUUCCUGAAGCCACCAUUCUUUGACCCCCAUUAAAUUUUGGCUACAAGGGAAGUCAGGAAACCCAGUCAGUUUUGCAAUGUGGACAAUUUUGUUACUUUGUACCGUUUGAGGGCAACUUACAUUUUCGGGGCUCAUAUGAAGGACAUCACUCUAACAGAAGAGAACUGGACAAAUCACAUUACUUUGACAUUUGUUGUGCAUUUUAUUAUUUUUCCCUUUUUUUUUACUGUUCAUCGUAGGCAUCUCCACAAGCUUAUGCAAGAUUUAAUAAUUUCAUUUUUCCAAUUUUUAACCUGAUAUUGGUUUGCACAAUAGCUGUAGCAGACAGUGAUUGUACAUUAAACAGUGUUUCAACAAAUCCAAGAAACAAAUAUGUUCUAUCAGUGUUUGUCCAGCUGUGUUUGUUAUCGACCUUUCACUUCCGCAGUUCUGAGCGGAAGUUUUAGCCGUGGAACACUUCAGCUGUUAAUAUUAUAGCCUACUAGUUUAUCGAUGGCAAUCUGGACUCUGGAAACAAUGAUUUUGCUCAGCAUUAAUACCCUUUUUCCAUUUAAUGAUGGAUCUAUAUGGGUAAAAUGAAGUCAAUUUUUUUUUAAAAUUAUGCAGAGGGUAUUGAGUUACAGUGGCAGUUGGUGAGUUAACUCUAUGUGGCGCAAUGUCGCAGCAGCAUUGAACACAAACGGUUUUACACAAAACCGCUGAAAGCAUGUUAUUCUGUUCGAAGCUGUGAAAUUUUGUAAUUAAGGAUUUUUUGGAUUUAUUGGAUUUUUUUUUCAUACUGCAGGAUUUGAAUAAAGGGCAAGUUUUAUUUCAA